ACUCGGUUCAGCUGAGUUCAGUUGCGCCACUUGGUCGUGUGGUUUGCGUGCCGUCAUAAGCUUGCAAGAGUUUCGUGUGUGCACGAUUUCGAAAAAUUAUUUCUUCUUUUUUUCCUCAAGUUUCGGCUUGAUUAUCUUGUUUUUCUCUUUUUGUUUUUUCCUUUAUUCUGUCCCCUCCCUCUCUCUCUCUCUCUCUCUCUCUCUCUCUCUCUCUCUCUCUCUCUCUCUCUCUCUCUAUUUGUCUGCCUUUUUAUUGCUUGAUUCGCUAUUCUCGUUCGAGAAAUAUGUGAGGUGCACAUAUUCGAUAAGGAAAAGCCGUGCAACAAACUUUCGAUGUUUCGCACGAAAGUCUACAUUCACUACGAGACGAACUAUCCCGGAUUUACUUGUCCCGGAUUUAUUGAAGGGAGAGCUCAGUGAUCUACAGUGGUGACCUGGUUUUCAAGCUUCUGGAUGCCUAACGAGAAUUUGCCGGUGUGUGCCUGCGGUAUCGUCGUAGAUCUGCCGAAGUCACGGAGUAGCUCGAUCGUUCUGGAAAAACUGACUAUCCUCCUGCCCAAAUCAAAGAGCAAUAAACGAGAGGGUAAGGACUCGCGGAAACAACAAGAUGACAGGCGAGGAUUAAAAACCCGAACGUCGAGUGAGACCGGAAGCAGCAGCUUGGUAACAGAAGCCACGAAACCUACAAUGAAGAACAACAAGCAGCGACUCAAUCAUUCGCGAAGGACUCGAAGCGCCGAUAGUGCUGAAUCACAUCACACUUAUACCGAUUCAAGUUCGAGUGUCCUCAGUGAUAGAAUUCGAGAGAACACCGCCAUACCUGAAGUAUUAUAUACCGGCAUACCGGACACGAUGAACACAAAUACCGAAGAGAUCAGGACUAAUCGGUCGAAUAUGCAAAACAGAUCACAAGCUUUUUCUACUGCUAUUCCAUCUAUGACGUCACCACCACCGACGUACGAUGUCGCGAUUGCAAAAGCGCGACAGACCGGUUUACCACCGACCUACGAGGAAUAUUUGUAUCACAAAUAUGCGAUGAUAUCACGCUCACAUACUCCUCCACCACCGUGGUCAGACUCGACGACAACAUCAUCUUCGAUGUUGUCAUCCAAUCCAACUUCGAGUCUCCAGACGCAUCGCGACCUUUUGCUCAGUCAGCCCGAGCUUCGCGAGUAUUUAGCACAGCUGACGCUUGACUCGCACUAUCAACAUCAGCAUCAACAGCAUCAACAGCAGCAUCGGCAACAAUCCAGAGACGCUAUCUGUUCCGCCCUGAGAGAACAGCAGAUCAGAGCGCAUCAUCGCGCACGGGCAGUGCCUCCCAGAUCGCAAAGUGAAAGUCGAGUGCAGCAACAACGAAUAGCAGCAAUGUAUGAAGACGCUGCGUUUUGCAUGGAAACUACAGUAUUGCAGUCGGCCUUUGAUUCUGGCCAAGGAUUCGGUCUUUGUAGCUUAAUGUAAAAAUACGACAAUUUUUGUCACAGUAAAAAAUAUUAUGAGCAAGUUAAUAUCAUCAAUUAAUAAUCCUUGCAGAAAUAUUUGUUUGAAAAUGAGAAUCUAUUCCGCCAAGCAGAGAAAACAUUUGCGAAAAAAUUCAAUCAUAAAUGAUACAUCAAACUUCCUCUCAUGGAUGCAACGACACAUAGCAUUGCGAUAAAUAACUACUCUUUUACUUUACUCUUUAAUUAGCUGUUAUCUAAUAAAAAUACUCUAAUAAAAAUUAUUUCAACUGUACUUUUUGCGUUAAUUUGUAAAUAAAACACUUGGUAAUUAUGAGAAACCCGUUAAAGAAAUUAUUUUUAUCUUGCGCAUAUCAUACUCUGCUGUUUCGUCUUUAGCACAAAUAAUUUAUAAAUGUAAACAAAUGCUGUGUGGGCAUAAUAACGUGGUCCUAACAACAUACAAAGCAGAAAGUAGUAUGUAAAAUUGAUGUUAACUUAAGAUGUUGUAUAGUAUAGAGCGAUGUAUGUAUGUAUGCGUUAAGACAGGCAAGAGAGAAAAGUGUUAUAUAAAAAUCAUCUUAAAUAUAAUAACACAUAAACAUAAUAAAGCGAGGAAAUUAUAAUUUUAAUCUAAUAUAAAACAAAUAUGUAUGUAAUAAGUUCAAGUUAAAUAUAUUACGAAAAUGAAUUCUAUGUAUUAUAAGCAAA